AUGACCUCUACGGACAAAAUCCCCUCGCGCCAGGAUGAGGCAACUCGCCGCAACAACAAGUCGAAAAACAUCCACAAUUUGAGCCAGAAGAUGUGCAAUAGUUUGGACGUAGGUAUAGUUGUUAACAUUGUUAACGUCGCUGGAGAAGUUGUGACUAAGAUGCGUCUCGCCGUAUUCAAAGCUGCAUCAACUAAGCCAGAGCUCUACUCCAAUGGCCAGAUCCAUCUUCCAGACACGAUUCAUGAUGCAAUUCACGAGCAAGCUGUCAAAUGGCUCAUUCAAGAACUGAACAAGCUGGCCGAGGACGAGGUGGCUGGUCUCAAGAACGCUUUCCGUGACUUCCACCUUUGCUUUGUGGCUGAGGUCAUGGGCAUGCGAAAGUACACCCAAAACAUCUUUAACGAGUACUACUAUCCCUUAAAAGAUCAUUCUCUUGCAUAUGAGCAUCUCUUAGGCAUAUCAAAGGUCGAGAACGCUCUUGGACGCAAAUUUCUGAAGGACGUCGCUUACGACCUGGCUACUCUGGCUUGGAACGAAGCGAUCCCCAACCCCGCAGUCUUCGAUUAUGAGCUCGCUACGAACGCUCCCCUCGCGAACUCGGUCAAUAAUCUGUUCAAGAUCUGGGAGAAUGCGGCUCGCCGCACUGAUACUGCCCGUCUUGCAAAGAUUCGUCAAGAGGAGGAAGAUCAGCACUAUAAGGAGUUGGAGGCUAAAGAGAAGGUUCGCAAGGCCAAGAAAGCUGCCCAAGAUAAGGCUACUAGUGAGGCAAAGCAAAAGAAGGAGAUUGAGCUUCGUGAGCGCAUAAUCAAGAAGAAGCGCACUGGCGAGAAGCUCACCCACGAGGAGGCGCGUAUGCACUACAUCAUGUAUGGUAAGCGAGUGCCCAUCUAG